AUGGUUAAGGCAAAGUUUCACCAGUACCGGGUCGUCGGAAGGGGUCUUCCAACGGAAACCGAUGAGCACCCGAAGAUUUACCGCAUGAAGCUUUGGGCAACCAAUGAAGUUCGUGCCAAAUCCAAAUUCUGGUAUUUCUUGAGGAAGUUGAAGAAGGAGGUUGAGAGGAUCAUAGGCCGGAAUUUGAAGGAUCACUAUCCAUUUCCUAAGCUUGAUGAAGAUAUUCCUCCCAAGAGAAUAGUUUCAGCUUUGGGUCUGAAAGUUUCUGAAGUCGUGGAUAAUUGGGAUGUGAAAGGACCUUUCAGUGGUUUUUCUAGGAAGUUCUUGGAAGAUCAGGCCAAGAAGAUGGAAAAAGAAGGAGAUUGGGAAUCCUUCUAUGCUGUGUUAGCCGUGUUGAUAUAUGGGAUAGUCCUCUUCCCAAAUAUUGACCAUUUCGUGGACCACCUGGCGGUGAGAAUUUUCCUCUCUGGUAACCCUGUACCGUUCCUCUUGGCAGAUCUCUACUACACUCUCCAUGAUCGUCAUGAGAGGAAGGGAGGAAUUGUCUUAUGUUGCGCACAGUUGCUACAUGCCUGGUUCAGAUCCCAUAUGCCCGAAGAAGGUCCUUUUGUCUCCAAGGAACUCAAGCCUUUCCAGAAGUUAGCUUCCCUCACCUCUAGUCAUGUUAAGUGGUAUAUCAGGGAUUGGGAAACUGAGAAUGUGAUUGUCAGCAUUGGAGACUUCCCCAAUGUGCCGUUGAUAGGAACCAAGGGUUGCAUCAACUAUAACCCCAUGUUAUCUCUAAGGCAGCAUGGAUACCCUAUGAAUGGCCCUCCAAAAGCUGAAGCUCUAGAGCCUUUCAUCUUACAUGGUAUUGAAGCGGAUCAUCCCAUGGUGAAAAAGAUCAAGAGGUCUUGGCAAGCAGUCAUCAGAAAGGGUAAGGAGUUGGAGCCCAUAUUACCUGAAGAUGUGGAGGAGCUCAAUGCCCGUAUCAAGGAGUUGGAGUUGGAAAAUGCUGAUUUGAGAAUCAAGCUUGGCCGAGUCUCGAUAGAGAAUGGGAACUUGAAGGACGAUCAACAAAAGAAGGACAAAGAGCUUGAAGUCUCCAAUAAGAGAGCCAGAGAGUCUGAAGCAAGGAGAGAAAAGUUUGGACAAGCACUCUAUAGCACUAAAUCUGUGUUCAAAUCAAAGGAAGAGGAGUUGGAUAGAGCUUUACUCCGGAUUCAAAAACUCAACAAGACUCUGGAGCUGACCCUUGAGAUGAAAAGGGAAGCACGGUUGAUUUCCGAGAUUCGUACUCGUGAGCUGGAGAAUACCAUUCAGAAGUAUCAGGAUGCUCUGGAACGUGAGAAGCUGAAGACCGAAGAGUCAGAAAGAGUUUGCACACGAUUGAAGCAUCAUUUGGAUCGAGCCGAUGCUAGAAUCCAAGCACUUGAAGGUGGGGAUCAGGAUGCUGCCUAUAUGGUGUUGCUGAAUGAAUGCAGAUAUUGGAGAAACCUCUAUAGGGACAUAGAGGUGACAAAGGCUGAAGACGUGCGCAUUAUCCAAGAUCUCCAAGGGCUCUACACUGAGUGGAAAGGCAAAUUUUUGAAGCUGUCCGGAUUUGCGAGUUCCAUCAUGCGUGAGCUACCUGAGAAGCUGCAAGAGGCGGAUUGGGCAAAGCUAGAUACCCAAACAACGGUUGUUUCUGAAAUCGCAGGUCCAUCGAUUGAACCCCAACCUGUGAGGGCGGUACCAACAACCUGGCCAACCUAUGGUUUACCUCCCGGUUUCACGCCUACAGUUGAAGGCGCCCCUGGUUUUGCACCACCUGCUCAGCAGACAGCUCCUCUACCGACCAUCAAUGAAAACCAUCCAGUGGUUCACACGUUCGCACCUCCUCUCGUCAGGGCGCAUGUGCAACCUUACUUUGAGGACCAGCAACAUGCUCCAGACUUUUCAGAUGAAGAUGAGGAAAGGCAAGAAGACCUAAGAGGGAUGAAGGAGAAUUACCAGAUGCUGGAGAAGAGAUUGAGAGCUAUGGAAGGUGACCAAGUCUUUGGUGCUACCGCUAAGGAGAUGUGCUUGGUAUCAGGUCUUAUGAUUCCUACGAAGUUCAAGACCCCAGAUUUCGAUAAGUAUGAGGGCCACUCGUGUCCUAAGAGUCACCUUAUUAUGUAUUAUCGAAAAAUGGUUGCGCAUGUAGAGGACGACAAGCUCAUGAUACAUUGCUUCCAGGAUAGCCUGAGGGGUGCUCCCUCUAAGUGGAGAGACAUUGUUCAUCCGUCACCCAUGGUAGUUUGUAUGCCUACCCCAUUUCCUUUUGAGAGCACCAAGGCGGUACCCUGGAAGUACGACAUAACAGUGGUGGAUGGGUUUGUAGAUGGAAAACCCAAAAUUGCUGAAAGUAAGGAAGUUUUGGAGAAUGUUGACACCGACAUCACCAAUAUCGCAGGAACAAGCAGGAUGACCCGUAGUGGUCGGAUUUAUACUCCCAAUGUUAAUGUCAACCCUCAAGAGCCAACAAGGGGAGCUGCAAAUGUAAAUCCUACCCCAGAACAGGGAGGGGCACAGCCGGCUGUGCAAACAGAUGAAGCAAGUGAAGAGGACUUUAUCAUCAGUCAACUCUCCUCUUUCCGUUACAUUGAGGCUGAUGAAGAUGCCUUAGAAACCUCCUUUCAAGCCCUUGAAAUAUCCAAUGCUACACUUGAAGAGGUUAAGGAUCCUGUUGAGAAAGCUAGUUUGUCAUUCGCUUCUUUGAAGAGUGCAAAAUCAGCAUUGCUACAUGAAUAUGUAGAUGUAUUUGCUUGGUCGUAUCAGGAUAUGCCAGGUUUAGAUACUGACAUUGUUGUCCACAAGCUACCACUACAGCCAGAUUGUCCGCCAGUGAAGCAGAAGCUCCGAAGAGCAAGACCCGACAUGGCUUUAAAGAUUUGUGACGAGGUGAAACGUCAAUUUGAUGCCGGUUUUCUAGCAGUUGCAAAGUACCCUCAAUGGGUAGCCAACAUUGUGCCAGUACCCAAAAAGGAUGGCAAGGUCAGGAUGUGUGUUGAUUAUAGGGAUUUAAACAAAGCUAGUCCAAAGGACGAUUUCCCCUUGCCACAUAUUGACACUCUGGUAGACAACACUGCUAAGUUCGCAGUCUUCUCCUUUAUGGACGGAUUCUCGGGUUAUAAUCAAAUCAAGAUGGAUCCAGAAGACAUGGAAAAGACCACAUUCAUCACCCCUUGGGGAACAUUUUGCUACAAGGUAAUGCCAUUCGGUCUCAAAAAUGCUGGGGCAACUUACCAAAGAGCAAUGGUCACUCUUUUCCAUGAUAUGAUGCAUAAGGAAAUUGAGGUCUAUGUGGAUGAUAUGAUUGCAAAAUCUCAAAGUGAAGAGGAUCACAUAGACCACUUGCAAAAGCUAUUUGAGCGUCUUCGGAAAUUUCGACUACAACUAAAUCCUGCUAAAUGCACCUUUGGUGUCCGAUCUGGAAAGUUGCUUGGUUUCAUUGUUAGUCAACGAGGAAUUGAGGUAGAUCCCGACAAGGUCCGAGCUAUACAAGAGAUGCCUGCUCCACGCACCGAGCGAGAGGUUAGAGGCUUCCUGGGGCGUUUGAAUUAUAUCUCAAGGUUUAUCUCACAUAUGACGGCCACAUGUGAGCCUAUCUUCAAAUUGCUUCGAAAAGAUCAAGCAGUUGAAUGGAAUUCUGACUGCCAAAUGGCUUUUGAGAGAAUCGGACAGUACCUGCAAGAGCCCCCUAUUCUAAUUCCACCUGUUCAAGGGAGACCACUCUUUAUGUACUUAACCGUGCUUGAAAAGUCAAUGGGAUGUGUGUUGGGACAACAUGACGAAACCGGUCGAAAGGAACAUGCCAUCUAUUAUCUGAGUAAGAGGUUUACCGAUUAUGAAUCCCGAUAUUCACUCUUAGAGAAAACUUGUUACGCUUUAGCAUGGGCCGCUCGUCGUCUAAGACAAUACAUGAUUUGCCACACUACUUUGUUGAUCUCAAAAAUGGAUCCAAUAAAGUACAUCUUUGAAAAGCCUGCUUUGACUGGAAGACUCGCCCGUUGGCAGAUGUUACUAUCUGAGUAUGACAUCCAAUAUGUGUCUCAGAAAGCCAUAAAAGGAAGUGUGUUGUCUGAUUACUUGGCAAACCAGCCCGUUGAAGAUUACCAGUCGUUGAAGUUUGACUUCCCGGAUGAAGACAUCAUGGUAGUGAAAGACUGUGAAAUCCCAGGACUCGAUGAAGGACCUGAACCCGGAUCUCGGUGGAAGCUCAUGUUUGAUGCAAGGUUGUGUUUUGAUUGCACGAACAAUAUAGCAGAAUAUGAGGCGUGCAUCCUAGGCAUUGAAGCAGCCAUUGAUCUCCGAAUCAAAAUCCUUGAAGUAUGUGGAGAUUCAGCCUUGGUGAUAUACCAAGUCAAAGGCGAAUGGGAAACCCGUGAUACCAAGUUGAUCCCAUAUCGUGCCUAUGUCAUGGAAUUAAUAAAAUACUUUGACGAAAUCACUUUCCGUCAUAUCCCGAGAACUGAGAAUCAAAUUGCUGAUGCUUUGGCUAUGUUGGCUUCAAUGUACCAGGUCAGAUUCCAUAAUGAAGCACCUCUCAUUCAAAUCGAGCGGAAAGUUGAGCCUGCCUACUGCCAGUUAGUUGAAGAGGAAGCCGAUGGUAAACCCUGGUUUCACGACAUCAAGUGCUUUUUGCAAAAUCAAGAAUAUCCAACAGAUGCCACAACCCUUGACAAGAAAACAUUGAGGAAGUUAGCAUCUAAAUUCUUCUUAAGCAAUGGUGUGUUGUACAAGAGAAAUCACGACAUGAUUCUGCUCAGAUGCGUGGAUGGACGUGAAGCAGACCUGUUGAUCAAGGAGAUUCAUGAAGGAUCCUUUGGAACUCAUGCCAAUGGGCAUGCCAUGGCCAAGAAGAUUUUGAGAGCUGUAAAUGUUUUGACGUCACCUUGGCCUUUCUCAAUGUGGGGCAUCGACAUGAUUGGCGCCAUCGAGCCUAAAGCUUCCAAUGGUCACCGCUUCAUCCUGGUUGCCAUUGAUUACUUUACCAAAUGGGUGGAAGCCGCCUCUUAUGCUAAUGUGACAAAACAAGUGGUUGCACGGUUUCUCAAGAAAGAGAUCAUUUGCCGUUAUGGAAUUCCAAGCCGGAUCAUCACAGAUAAUGGGACGAAUCUGAACAAUAAGACCAUGAAGGAAUUAUGCGAGAGCUUCAAGAUUGAGCACCAUAACUCUUCACCAUAUCGUCCAAAGAUGAAUGGCGCUGUUGAAGCCGCUAAUAAAAACAUCAAGAAAAUUUUGGUAUAUGGGAUGGAAGCAGUUCUCCCAAUUGAAGUAGAGAUACCUUCAAUGAGAAUCUUGAUGGAAACCAAGCUAGAAGAGGCUGAGUGGAUUCAAAAUAGAUUUGAUCAGUUGAACCUCAUAGAUGAGAAGCGAUUGACAUCUUUGUGCCAUGGACAAUUAUACCAGAAACGGCUUAAAAGGGCUUUUGACAAGAAAGUACGUGUUCGGGAAUUCAGAGAAGGAGACCUCGUACUUAAGAAGAUCUUGCCAAUACACAAGGAUUCACGUGGGAAGUGGACUCCCAAUUAUGAAGGCCCAUAUGUUGUGAAGAAAGUUUUCUCCGGAGGUGCCUUGAUUCUCACAACUAUGGAUGAUGAGGAACUCUCACACCCCGUGAACUCUGAUGCGGUUAAAAAA